AUGCAUCGCGCAUUGUCAGCUCGAUGGAUAAACCGGGCUCUUAGUAUCGGUGAAGCAUCUGCUUCGUCGAGUGUUCCUUUAUUCUUAUGUCCGGCCGUUGGAGCUUCGAGUCGAUUUCACAGAACAUGGAAAGUGACGCCUUUACCAACUCCGAUCUAUACUCGACGACUUAAUCAUACCGAAACGACAGUCCAAGAUGUACCAAUCACGACAAGCGAAAGCUCAUCUCUGGGCCUUGAGACUCCUAAGAGGCGCUUACCAUUGAACUGCACAGGAUGCGGUGCCUUUACGCAGACGAGCGAUCCGCAAAUGCUGGGCUAUUUCGACCCCGAGAGCAAAAGAGUAAAGAAGUGGUUGAACCCAAAGGCUUUUGAGCAUCAGCAUACAGCGAGCCAAGAAGAUGGAGUCGUCGAUGAGGUUCUCAAAUCCUUAGACCCUGACCAGCUGGAAGCUCUUGGCCUGGAUCCCUCUCUCUUGGUAACUGGAGCUGAGAAGGGGGGGGAUAUCGCUCCGAAAGAGCCACUGUCCCAAGAUAAACAGCCUGUAUGCGAUCGAUGCCACAAUUUACAACAUUAUAGCACCUCGAGCGACACAGCAAAGGUUGCUAUGUUCCAUCCCACCGUUGAGUCCUUGCGCGAAACCAUCGAGGAAUCGCCGCACAAGUACAAUCACAUAUAUCAUGUCAUAGAUGCUGCCGAUUUCCCCAUGUCGCUCAUCCCUCGACUUAAUGUUCUCCUCGGCGACAUUCCCAUCAGGACGCGCAAUCGAAGAUCACGAGCGGGCAAGUACCAGAAUGAUCGCAAGACAGAACUGAGUUUUAUCAUCACUCGCGGCGAUCUUCUUGGUCCUACGAAAGAGAUUGUGGACUCAAUGAUGCCCUACCUUCGUGAGGUACUACGAGAUGCUCUCGGCCGACUUGGAGGUAGGGUUCGUCUUGGCAAUGUCCGAUGCGUAAGCGCAAAGCGUGCUUGGUGGUGCACGGAGGUUAGAGAAGAUAUCUGGCAGCGCGGCGGUGCCGGGUGGAUGGUUGGAAAGGUCAACGUAGGCAAAAGUCAGCUUUUUGAGGCUGUCUAUCCCAAAGGCAGAAUGGGGCCAAGCAAGGAAGCCGGGAGGGCAUCAGUAUCAACAUAUCCUCGGGAUAGCGUCAGUGCGGAAUCGAUAUAUGCCGAACAAGUUGGAGAGCGAGACGUCGAUGUUGGGGAAUUGCUUCCGCCCCCUCAGCCGGCUCAGAACUAUCCUGAUAUGCCUCUGGUAUCCUCACUCCCUGGCACAACAGCAUCCCCAAUUCGGGUGCCUUUUGGAAACGGAAAAGGCGAAUUAAUCGACCUUCCUGGCUUGGCACGAAGCGACCUUGACUUGUUUGUGAAGGAGGAGUGCCGUCAGUCGAUGAUUAUGAAGAAGCGCAUUGUGCCUGAACAGAUUUCAAUGACGCCUGGCAAGUCCCUCAUACUAGGAGGAGGUCUCAUUCGCAUCACACCAAAGAACCCGGGCUUGGUUUUUCUGGCAUACAACUUUACGCCUCUGGAGGAGCACCUCACUCAGACUGAGAAGGCCAUCGCGUUCCAGGAGCAGACACGGGAAUCCAUCGGUGUACCAAGUAUCAUGCUUCCUGGAAUUGGAGGCAAGAUGAAGCAUGCUGGAACAUUUAAGCUGUCUCACGACGUCACCAGACAAAGAGCUGGCCCUCUUACACGGAAGAAUGCGAUUGGGUUAAACGUCGACAGGCUUCCUUUCCGAGUGUUGUCGACAGACAUCCUCAUCGAGGGUGUGGGCUAUGUUGAGCUUGUUGCACAAGUCCGCGCACAGGAUGUCGCUAUGAAGGUAUUUCCAGACCAACAACCCCGAUUCGAGCAAAGGGCCAAGCCGAAGCAGCUCAACACGUCUGAUCCUUUUGCAGCCAUGAGGGCUCUGCGAAUAGAUGCAGGAACUUCGGUGGUAAAGAGGCGUAAGGAGCCUGAGCCUGCGAUAGAAACUGGCUGGCCAGCAGUUGAUGUCUUCAGUCCUGAGGGGCGAUUCAUUGGCUCUCGUCAACCGAUCCAAGGAUGGUUGCAUAACAAGCCUCGUGUAUUGCCAGAGCACAAGAGGAGUCGACCGCGAAGAAGUAUGAAGGGUGCUAAGAAGAAAGACAAAGCCGAGAAGAGAGCUGCGAUCAACUGA